GUCUAUCUCUGCCUUCCUACGCUAGCUGUUCAGUCUUGGCCUAGCCUGCGGGGAAACGACUUUCGAACAACUCUCGCAUUUGGUGUUCAGGGAGAAGCAUCAUGCUCCGUAUCGUGUUUUCUCGGACUCUUCCCAGACUGAACAGACUGUCGGCGUGUCACUACUCUGCUGCCGCCAUCCCAGCACCCAGCACCCAACCCGAGGUCCACUAUAACAAGCUGUUUAUCAACAACCAGUGGCAAGAUGCAGCGAGUGGGAAAACUUUCCCUACCAUCAACCCAGCAACUGGUGAGGUCAUCUGUGAAGUUGCAGAGGCUAAUGAGGCAGAUGUAGAUAAGGCGGUGAAAGCAGCACGCAAUGCCUUUAAGUUGGGAUCAUCGUGGAGAAGGAUGGAUGCUUCUCAACGUGGCCUACUGCUCAACCGAUUGGCUGAUGCCAUUGAGAGGGAUGCUGCCUACCUCGCUGAACUGGAGACCCUUGACAAUGGGAAGCCAUACACUGUUUCCUACUCUGUGGAUCUGCCCAAUGUGGUGAAAUGCUUCAGGUACUACGCAGGCUGGGCUGACAAAUGGGAGGGAAAAACUAUUCCCAUUGAUGGAGACUAUUUCUGCUACACGAGACAUGAACCCAUCGGAGUCUGUGGACAGAUAAUACCGUGGAACUUCCCUCUGUUGAUGCAGGCCUGGAAACUUGGCCCUGCCCUUGCAACUGGUAACACUGUGGUGAUGAAAGUUGCAGAGCAGACGCCACUCACAGCACUCUAUGUAGCCAGCCUGAUUAAAGAGGUGGGUUUUCCUGAAGGUGUUGUGAAUAUCUUGCCUGGCAUGGGGCCAUCAGCUGGGGCUGCCAUAGCAAGGCACAUGGAUGUUGACAAGGUGGCCUUCACUGGAUCCACAGAGGUUGGUCAUCUAAUCCAGCAGGCUUCAGGCAGCAGCAACCUGAAGAAAGUCACUCUGGAGCUGGGAGGAAAGAGUCCUAAUAUCAUCCUGUCUGAUGCCAACAUGGAAGACGCAGUAGAGCAGUCCCACUUUGCUCUGUUUUUCAACCAAGGCCAGUGCUGCUGUGCUGGAUCUCGGACCUAUGUCCAAGCAGACAUCUACGAUGAGUUUGUGGAGCGGAGCGUUGAGCGAGCUAAGAGACGGGUGGUGGGGAACCCUUUUGACUUAAACACCGAGCAGGGACCUCAGGUGGAUCAGGAGCAGUUCAGCAAGAUUCUGGGCUACAUCAGCACUGGGAAGAGAGAAGGAGCCAAGCUGAUGUGUGGAGGAGGAGUGGCUGCUGACAGAGGAUACUUCAUCCAACCUACUGUGUUUGGAGAUGUCCAGGACAACAUGACCAUUGCUAGGGAGGAGAUCUUUGGUCCAGUGAUGCAGAUCUUGAAGUUUAAAACACUUGAGGAGGUGGUAGAGAGAGCCAAUGAUACUAAGUAUGGUUUAGCAGCUGCUGUGUUCACUAAGGACAUUGAUAAGGCUCACUAUGUCUCCAAUGGGCUCCGUGCUGGCACAGUCUGGAUUAACUGUUAUGAUGUGUUUGGAGCUCAGGCCCCAUUUGGAGGUUACAAGGCUUCAGGAAAUGGCAGAGAGCUGGGAGAGUAUGGUCUGGACAACUACACAGAAGUCAAAACAGUGACCAUCAAGGUACCACAGAAGAAUUCUUAAACAUGUACAGUGAGCCCAGCCAGCAGCUGAUUGCUGUCAACCAGGAAGCAGCUGAGAGGGAACAUGUCUAUUUGUAAUCUGUGGGAGUCUUUGAUUCGUGGUUUCUAAUUUUAAAUAAUAAUAAAUGCAUUUGAGACACUCA